AUGAUUUGUCCGAAGUGUGAUAGAUUUUUAUUAGCACGCGAAGGCAUUCUUCGAGCUGGUCGUAAGUAUCAUCGACAUUGUUGGACUUGUGCACAAUGCUCGUCACCAUUGACUUCAUGGGUUCGUCAACAACCCAUAACUAAUGAAUAUCUUUGUAAUAAUUGUCAUAUUAGAAAACAUGGAUUAAGAGAAGGCAUUAUUUUUGUUAACUGGAACAAACAACAAACAAAAUCAAUCAUGUCUUCGAACAUACAAUCAUCGACACUAAUCGACGAUAUUCUACUUAUGUAA